AUGGUUGAUUCAACGUCAGAUUCUCAGCUGAAUCAGUGUGAAGUGGAUUAUGAAUUUGAAUCUAACGAAGUUCCUGAGCCUCUCUCAGUUGUUGAUGACCAGUUUGUUCCAAAGGUUGGAAUGACCUUUACCACCCUUGAAGAUGCUGAAAAAGUUUACAGGAACUACGCCAAGGCUGCAGGAUUUUCUACAAGACACAGGGAACUAAGCAUGUCUAUUCGUCGUACAAUAGAGAAUAACGAGGAGGCUGGUAUUAGACUAAGCAAAACUUACCAAUCAUUUGUUGCGGCUGCCAGGGGUCAUCGCGAGUUAAAUUUUAUUGAAAAGGAUGUGAGGAAUUACAUUACGAGAGAAGUGCGAGAAGCGUGGGUGUGCUUAAAGACUCAUUUGAUAGGAAUUGAAAUGAUUUUCUGCUGA